AUGUUUUCCUGCUUUUGUUUGAUAAUGGUUUUCUGCUGUGAAAAGAGGACCACUCGAUUCUGCGGCAUAACUUGUCUAAUGCUUCAUGCAAUAAACAUCACCAUCUUCGCAUUAAUUGCACUCGGAGUCUUCUUCGUCUACACUAAAGUGAAUGAUCCAAGUCCGCUCAUCGUCCUCAUCCUCAUUCCAAGUCUUACCUGCUGCUUUAUAGUCUCAACAUGUUGCCUCGUUCACAAGUACUACAAAUACGAAGAAGGGAAGCUAGAAGACCAGAAAAGAAGACAGAGGGAGAAGGAAAAAAAGGAAGAGAUGGAGGCGCGAAAAAAAGAACAGGCUUACAAGAAGGAGAUGGAAGCUGUCAUCGACGACUACCUUGAAUCCACCAAGGAUUUCGAAGACAUCAACCCGGAAGUGAUCAAACAUGCGAAGAAAGCACAAAAGUUGGGGCCGCGUCAAAUGCCUCUUCCACCUUACUGUUCAGUUGGCCUGAGCACGGACUCUGAUCGUCAUCCGGCUGAUCGGGAGAAGGACACGACUACAGCGAAUUCACUGAUGGGAGCCACGGAGACUUCAAAGAUGGAGGAGGGCAAAUCGAAGAUGGAGGCCGCGGAACAUUCGAAGAUGGGCGGGAAAUCGGAGGAGGCCAAGGUGGAGGAGAAGUCGAAGAUGGGGGAGAAGUCGAAAGUGGCGACCACUGCGAAUUCGAUGAUGGAGACCAACUCGAAAAUGGAGGAGGGGGACAAGUCGAAGAGCAGCCAGCAGGAAUGA